AUAAAAUAAAGCUCUUCAAUGUGCCACGCUCAUCAACAAGUGGACAAGUGGAGCAGAAAACCUCUGAACUGCAUCUGAUAAAGGGCACCUGGACCAGCGAAUUCAGCUGGCUGCAGAAAGGAAGAUGAAAGGCCUGUUCUGGGUGACUGUGGUCUUCUUCCUGUCUGUUGAAAACACCUCGGCUGCUGUAGACCAGAAAUGGCUUACAGAUAUUGUGCAAACCAUCAAGAAUAAGUAUCAGUUGGGUGACACUUCCAGUUGGGCUGUAAAUAUACCACAGAACCAAGAUCCAAGCCAUCUGAUGGAAGUUCUGCAGGAAGACCCACCAGAUGCAGUGAAAAUAGCAGUUUCAAAGAGUGACGUGUAUCAAGGCAAAAGAAUGACAGUAUCAACACAGUCAGUUGCAAUACCCCAUGUGUUAGAGAAAAUAAAAGUCAGCCAAACAGGAAACCAGGGCAACACCAUCAUAAUCUAUUCUGAAAAAUACCAAAAUAUAAAUGAGAAUGGCAUUGCUGCCAACAUUAACAAAAUCAUUCAUAGUUGGGGACGUUACGCCUUUGUAUUUUCCAAAGUAGUUGAUGUUGCUGAUGCUGGGAUACCUGCCAGGGCUGAGCUCUUUAAGCAGCAGGAACUUUCCAAAUUUGGGCUAGAAAAUAUAUUUCGUUGUUAUGAACCUGGUGGUUCUUUCCAGUGCACAAGCUGCGGCUCUGUUGAAAAUGUUGCUCCUUCUUGUCUUGUAAACACACCACCAUCAAAUGACGUCACAGAGUUGGAAAAACGCAGAUUUAAAGAAGCUAGAGGAGGUGGAAGAAAGAGGAGAGGAGGAAGACGUAGGAAAGGUGGCGAGGUGAAGGGAGGAGGAAGACGUAGGAAAGGUGGCAAGGUGAAGGGAGGAGGAAGACGUAGGAAAGGUGGCAAGGUGAAGGGAGGAGGAAGACGUAGGAAAGGUGGCAAGGUGCAGGGAGGAGGAAGACGUAGGAAAGGUGGCAAGGUGAAGGGAGGAGGAAGACGUAGGAAAGGUGGCAAGGUGAAGGGAGGAGGAAGACGUAGGAAAGGUGGCAAGGUGAAGGGAGGCGGAAGACGUAGGAAAGGUGGCAAGGUGAAGGGAGGAGGAAGACGUAGGAAAGGUGGCAAGGUGAAGGGAGGAGGAAGACGUAGGAAAGGUGGGGAGGUGAAGAGAGGAGGAAGGCGUAGGAAAGGUGGGGAGGUGAAGGGAGGAGGAGGAAGACAUUCAGGAGGCAAUGUGGGAACAGUAAGAACAUGUAAAAUGCGUAAGAAGGUGGGAGGAGGAAGUAGUAUUUAAGGUGGCAAUGUGGGAAAAGGAAGAAGACGUGCCAAAGGAGGCAAGAGGGAAAGAGGAGGAAGACGUGCAAAAGGUGGCAGGUCAGGAGGAAAAAGAGGAAGAUGUGGAAAAAUGUCAUAGGGUAAAAGGAAAAGGUCAUAUGAAAUAUGGUAGGGUGAAAACAGGCCAAAUAUCUAAAACCAGAAAAUAAGAACAAAAAGCUGUCAUGGGUUUUGAGGAUACAAUAAAGCAGCUUUGAAACCAA